CCUUGCGACCCGUUUCCCAGCCUCAGGAUGGCGUCCUCCCUGCUCGAGGAGGAAGUCCACUAUGGCUCCAGUCCCCUGGCCAUGCUGACGGCAGCGUGUAGCAAAUUUGGUGGCUCCAGCCCUCUGCGGGACUCAACAACAUUGGGCAAAGCAGGCACAAAGAAGCCAUAUUCCGUGGGCAGUGAUCUUUCAACCCCCAAAACCAUGGGGGAUGCCUACCCAGCCCCCUUUUCAAGCACCAAUGGCCUUCUCUCACCUGCAGGCAGUCCUCCAGCACCCACAUCAGGCUAUGCCAAUGACUAUCCUCCUUUUUCCCACUCAUUCCCUGGACCCACGGGUACCCAGGACCCUGGGCUACUUGUCCCCAAGGGGCACAGCUCUUCUGACUGCCUGCCCAGUGUAUACACUUCUCUGGACAUGGCACACCCCUACGGCUCCUGGUAUAAGGCGGGGAUCCAUGCAGGCAUUUCACCAGGUCCAGGCAAUGCUCCAACUCCAUGGUGGGACAUGCACCCUGGAGGCAACUGGCUAGGUGGUGGGCAGGGCCAGGGUGAUGGGCUGCAAGGGACACUGUCCACAGGCCCCACUCAGCCUCCACUGAACCCCCAGCUGCCCACCUACCCAUCUGACUUUACUCCCCUUAAUCCAGCCCCCUACCCAGCUCCCCACCUUCUGCAAGCAGGGCCCCAGCAUGUCCUGCCCCAGGAUGUCUAUAAACCCAAGGCAGUGGGCAAUAGUGGGCAGCUGGAGGGUAGUGGUGGAGCCAAACCCCCACGUGGCACGGGCACUGGGGGCAGUGGUGGAUAUGGGGGCAGUGGUGCAGGGCGUUCUUCCUGUGACUGCCCCAAUUGCCAGGAGCUAGAGCGACUGGGGGCAGCAGCUGCUGGGCUGCGAAAGAAGCCCAUCCACAGCUGCCACAUCCCUGGUUGCGGCAAGGUCUACGGCAAGGCCUCACACCUGAAGGCCCACUUGCGCUGGCACACGGGUGAGAGGCCCUUCGUCUGCAACUGGCUCUUCUGUGGCAAGAGGUUCACCCGUUCAGAUGAGCUGGAGCGUCACGUGCGUACGCACACCCGGGAGAAGAAGUUCACCUGCCUGCUUUGCUCCAAGCGCUUUACCCGAAGUGACCACUUGAGCAAACACCAGCGCACCCACGGCGAACCAGGCCCAGGCCCUCCUUCCAGUGGCCCCAAGGAGCUGGGGGAGGGCCGAAGUCCAGGGGAAGAGGAGGCUGCUCAGACUCCUCGCCCUUCUGCCUCGCCAGCACCCCCAGAAAAAGCCUCUGGAGGCAGCCCUGAGCAGAGCAACCUGCUGGAGAUCUGAGCUGGGUGGAGGGUCUCCAUUCCCAGGG